AUGGUUUUGAAGCCUUACGAUACCGCCGAUUCUCUUCAAAAACUUUGCUCUAAAGAGCAGCUUGAAUUACUAAACUCCAUCGACACUCUUCGAUCACAAGGCAUCAGCCAUUAUGUUUCUCUGCCACAGAUCAUUGUGUGUGGUGACCAAUCUUCGGGGAAAAGCUCUGUUUUGGAAGCAAUCUCUGGAGUUUCCUUCCCCAUCCAGAGUAAUCUGUGUACGCGUUUUCCGACAGAAUUGAUUCUGCGAAAGACUCCUGAAGUUGGAGCGACCGUUUCUAUAGUGGCCCAUCAAUCGUCCAGUGAUGUUGAAAAGCUCAGACUCGGUGCCUUUCACGAAACGCUGGACAAUUUCCAAGAACUUCCAACUCUGAUCGAAAAUGCGAAGGCGGCGAUGGGGAUCACAAGUUCUGGGAAGGCGUUCUCGAAUCACCUCCUAAAAGUUGAAGUCUCGGGACCCGAUCACCCGCAUCUCACAAUUGUGGAUUUGCCUGGUUUGAUUCAUUCCGAAACAAAACAGCAGUCGGCGGCGGAUGUUGCAUUGGUACAAGAGAUGGUCCGCACAUACAUGAAUCAACCGAGGAGCAUCAUUCUUGCAGUGGUUUCUGCGAAGAAUGAUUAUGCAAACCAAGUUGUGUUGAAUUUAUCCCGUGAAGCCGACAAGAAAGGCACAAGAACAUUGGGUGUAAUCACAAAGCCAGAUACUCUGCGUCCUGAUUCUGAUAGUGAAGCCAUGUAUGUCGCUCUGGCGAAGAACCAAAACGUGGAAUUCCGGCUUGGCUGGCAUGUCCUCAAGAAUAUGGACUCAGAAACAGGAUCCUUUUCUCUUACGCAUCGAAACUUGGAGGAAGAACAAUAUUUCUCUCGUGGGGCUUGGCGUGGUCUUCCUCACUCCAUACUAGGCAUCGAAGAGCUAAGACUCCGUCUUAGUCAGGUCCUUCUCGAUCAGAUUGUCUCUGAGUUACCGAGCCUGGUCGAGGAUAUUCAGAUCAAAUCAGAUGCAUGCCAACGCCAAUUGGAGAAACUUGGACAGCCACGGGCUACUUUUGAAGAUCAGAGGAUGUAUCUAUUCGACAUUAGCCAAUCCUUUCAGGUGUUGGUAAAAGCUGCUAUAGAUGGUGUGUACAAUGAUCCAUUUUUUGGCAAUGCUUCGUCUCGAAAACGGAUUCGCGCCGUGGUGCAAAAUUCAAACAUCGAAUUCGCAGAGCGUAUGACUACUUGUGGCCACUCGUAUGACAUUCGAGACUCUCAAACACCAGCCAAGACCUCGAAGGCUCUCGCCCCUAGGCAUAUCACCAAAAACAAGUUCAUUGAUUUGGUGGAAGUCCUUAUGAAACUAACUCGAGGCAGAGAGCUGCCAGGAACAUUUAAUCCCAUGAUCGUAGUUGACUUGUUCCGAGAUCAAUCAACUUCCUGGGAGGAAAUCGCCAGAGACCACAUUGCAUUCGUUUGGAAAGAUACCAAGACUUGCAUGCACUUGGCACUUGAAUACGUUGCUGAUCCAGCAACGUCAAAAGCGCUCUUUCAAACCAUCUUCGAGCCAGCCUUGAAGAAAUUACUCGAUGGUUUGCAUGAAAAAACUGCCGAUCUUCUCAAAUCUCAUCAAGAGGGCCAUCCUAUAACCUACAACCACUACUUCACGGACAACCUUCAGAAAGCUCGAAACAAACGAAGCAGAGAUGCCUGUACAAAAAUUAUCAAAUCCUUCUUUGGCGUGGAUAAACUGGGGCCAUCGACCUUCGUGAACCAAAGUGUGAAUCUUGAUCAGCUUGUCACGGCUUUGGUUGAUCGCACCGAGCCAGACAUGAAUAGGUUUGCGUGUUCAGAAGCUAUGGAUUGUAUGCUGGCAUAUUACAAAGUUGCUCUGAAACGAUUCAUCGAUGACAUCGCUAUCGAAGUGGUAGAAGGAAAACUUAUCGGUCCUUUAGCCGAUAUGUUCUCCCCUCGCUCUGUCGCUGGUAUGACACCAGAUCUUAUCACUCGUAUUGCGGGUGAAUGCGAGGCAAGUCAAAUAGAGCGGGAAAAACUGAAAGUGCAACUUGAGAUCCUGUCGAAGGGCCUGGAUACUUGUAAGCACUUUAUUGGCAUUGGUGGUCUUGUUCCGGACACGCCUUCCUUUCAAACAACCCCUCGUCUUGAUCCAGCUGAUCAAGAAGUUGAGGAACCACAAUUUGACACUGAAGACCUUAAGCGUUUUUCCGAGUCCGAAGUUUUCGAAAACGACCCAGAUGCAGAGCCAUGUCCAAUACCCGAAGAAUGCACAAUAGAGGAGCCUUGUGAUGAGCUAUCUCCUUUGGAGGCUUCUAUGAUCAGUUGGGGUAUGCCCAUCAGCACCACCGGCCCCAAGAGAAAGGGUAGGAAAUUCCAGUAUCCGAGAGUCACGCAGGAACCCGAAGUUGUCGAAGCAAAUGGUCUUCAGGCUUUUGAACGUGAUCAAUACUGA